UUGUUCAUGAAACUGCCGGAGAAUUGCAUAACCAAGAUCCUCUCCUUUACGAGUCCCCAAGAUGCCUUCAGGCUGUCUCUAACAAUGGGAUCCACCUUUGGAUCGGCGGCAGAAUCCGACGCUGUCUGGGAAGCUUUUAUGCCGUCUGAUUACACCGACAUAAUCUCCCGAUCAUUGGAAUUCUCGCCUCCUCCUUUAACCUUUUCCAUAAAGGACUUGUUUUUCCACCUUGCUCAUACGCCUCUCAUUAUUGACCACGGAACUAAGAGCUUUUCAUUGGAAAAAAGUAGCGGCCGGAAGUGUUACAUGUUGGGUGCUAGAGACCUGAACAUUGUAUGGAGUAAUGACCCUGAAUACUGGAUAUUUAAAUCUCUACCCGAAUCCAGAUUCCCUGAGGUGGCAGAGCUGUUAUUGGUGUGUUGGCUGGAGAUUAAUGGGAAGCUAAGUACGAAUUUGCUGUCGAGGAACACAUUGUAUGGAGCUUACCUUGUAUUCAAGGUUACAUCUCAAGUGAUUGGUAUAGAUUCUCAUCCGAUGGAGGUAUCAUGUGGGAUAAGUGGGUCAGAUACUGCAUACAAAACUCAUACUGUUUUUCUCGACCAUAGAAGAAGAAGAAAAAAUGGGAGUCGCAACAAAAUGAAGAAUCUACCAAAGGCGAGAGGAGAUGGGUGGUUGGAGAUUAAGAUUGGAGAGUAUUUGAAGCUUGAUGAUGAUGAAGAAGACGAUGGUCAUGAUCUGGAGAUGAGUUUUAAGGGAGUUAAGGAAAGACACUGGAAAGCAGGUCUCAUUAUUGAGGGCAUUGAGAUUCGUCCGGAGCGCAAUAAAUAA